AUGACCCUAAAUCUGACCCCCUAUGCACCUGACAUAGGCGUAACAUGCCUCCUAACUGAUCAGGUAACACCUGUUCCAGCCCUUAUUAAGCUGUACUAUAGUGACUUCAUCGUUCGAGAACUGGAUCUAGAUGGAACAUGUGUAAGGCUGAAGGAAACAGCAGUUCCGGUUGAACCAGAAUUGGAUGCAUACAACUACUAUCUUUCAGAGCCGGAAGUAAAACGUGUUCAGCUAUCUGCAGCCAUACAAACUGCGCCUGAGCUUGACUAUCUCUCGGCAGAAAAUCGCGAGCUGCUAGCAGCAAUUUAUUCCGCCCCCUCUUCCGUUUCGCUAGAGACCACAUCACCACGCUUCUUCCCCAUGCCAUCAAGCAAAGAGGCAAGAAGAUCUGUGCACAAUAUGCUAAAUAGUAUGAAUCGCAUUGACAUUGCCACAAGUACUGUGAUAGACCCAGGGGAAGGUGAUGGAGAGCAAACAUACAGAUUGAAAAUUCAGCCUCAGAAGCCAAGGGUUCCGCGCCCUUCUGAGAAAUACACCCAUUUUGUUCUGGAGAAAGCAGGUCUAGAUACCAUGCAAGCUAUUAUAAGCAUGGUAGCUAAGAUGCUCCCGCAGUUUCGGUGUAAGGUGAACGACUUCACAUACAGAGGCACGAAGGACAAGCGUGGAGCGACUGUCCAGAGAGUCUGUGCAAAAGGUGUUUGGCCAUCUGUACUGAGUGCUACGUCUAUCAAUAGUUCUGGCAUGUACCUGCAGGUUGGGGACUUCUCCUUUUCUUCGGAGCCUCUGCAUUUAGGAGCUCAUUUGGGCAAUUCGUUUGAAUUGAUAUUGCGAGGGAUUCCUCACACAGCAACGGAAAAUAUUGGUCGUAGAUUGUCUACCUUAAAAUCACAGGGAUUUAUCAAUUACUUUGGCUAUCAGCGCUUCGGUUCUAGAAGCACCGGAACACAUCGUAUUGGAGCAGCAAUUCUAUCGGGUCAGUAUUCCGAUGCAUUAUGGAUGAUAGUCAAGAGCUCCAUAGAGUGUAAGCUUAAAUCUACAGUCACUAUCUGCAGCUCAUUCAAGGAUGUGAUGAUCUCUAUAGCUAAUAAAGACGCCAAGAUGUUUGAGGACAGCUUACCAAAGUUGUUGGAUGAUGCUGGAAAGUCUAUGGGUGCCUUUACUUCGACUCUUCGCCUAGUGAAGGAGGCAAAAGACCCGCUGAGAGCUCUUCUAAAGCACGUUCCCAGGUCGAUGCAAACUAUGUACAUUCAUGCAUUUCAGGCAUAUCUGUUUAACCUGGCUACUUCACGUUGUAUAACGAGAAUUAAGAAUGAAAUAGCCAAUGGAAAGAGAAAAGUGGAGACAAACUGUCUUCUCCUGAACGAUCCCGUAUACGUCAGGAGCGCUACAACUAGAAUAGGGGACAAAGUUCACCUAGUUAGUACGGACGAUCUUAUCAAGGGAACGUAUGCUCUUAAUGAUCUUGCCAUUCCUCUAUUGGGCACCAAAACAACACAGUUACUAGCAGAUGCUGCAUCUAAAUUUCCCCAGUCUCUGCUAGCUGAUGUCUACGAGGCAUAUAAGGAUGCGUUACUCCCCAAUGGGUUGUCUUUUGAUUUUCUUUCCACUAUGACUCGGCGCAUCAUCGUCCCCAAAGAGCUUUCCUCUUUGCUUCGCGCAUUUGUACCAGUGGGAGACAUACGUUUGUUAAUAGUGAUGCCAAAAGAUCUAGAAAUGUGCUGGAUUGGGCAUGCGUCUCUUACAGACAUUUUAGGAAUAACAGAUAUAGACAUUCUAGCAGGGAAACAGCCCCAUGUUUUCUCGGAAGUACCUACAAUGGAACCAUUUUCAACCAUCAGCGAUAGUAAGACUGAUUAUAGGUCCUUAGCAUUGCGCUUUUCGUUACCUUCUUCUGCAUAUGCCACAGAGUUUCUUAGAGAGCUCCUAGGAACAACUGUGGAUCCAGACUCCCAGAAGAGCCUUUUGGCGCAUUAUAAGAUCAAUAUUACCAAUGCAACCGAGCUGGAUGAUCCAGAGUGGCUUCAACAAUUAGAGUAG